AUGACGAGGAAUAACAAUAACAACGAUGACAUCAUACCGAAGUGGAACGGAGAUCUCACCACGGUGGACGAUUACGAGAGAGAUGUCAAAGCUUACAUCCGAGGUCGAGCACGACAAGCAGCCAAGGAUGUGGACUGGGACCGCAUUGAGAGAGACGACGGUGCAGCUGAGCUACUGCGACACAUUCGCGCCAAGCUCGGUGCUCAGCCCAUCCAGGAUGCAGGCAAAUAUCUGGCCAGAUGGAUCUUCGAUCUUCGUCGAGACACUGGAGAGCCAAUGCCGAGCUACAUCAGCAGAGACGAUGAGGCCUACCACGACGUGGUCAAGGGUUUCGACACCGAGUAUUUCAAGAAGCAGCGCACGGCUCGGCUGUCGGCAAGGUCAAAAGAAUGGAACGCCCUCUACUCAGAGCUCAACUGGUUCCUGUACAAGAUCGAGCAGGAGGGCCCGGAGGACGCCGCCGACAAGGCCAAGGAGUUGAACCACCAGCUCUGGAGUUUCAUCCGGACAGGUCUUGAGGAGAUCCCCGAGCAUCCGGAUUUCGGAACCGACUUCAAACAGGCGAUUCCCAUUGACCAGCUGCGCGGAUGGCUACUGCUGCAGAGAUCAAGACUUUCCCCGACGGAGCGUGCGGCAGUUAUCAGCGCAGUCAAAGGCAACUUCGACUACGACAGCAUCGGCGAGCAGCUAAGAGUAUCUUGGCCAGAUGACGAGCUGACGAACAGAGAUAAGAAGCACGGCAAGGACAACCAUCGCCAUCGCGAGCGAGGUCGGAUCCACGCCGGCUGGGAGGAGAACAGCGAGGACGACGACGACUACAGCUACUACGAUGGCGACCAGUCGGAGGCCACCUAUGAGGACGCGGACGGCGACGAGGACGAAGGAGAUCCCGAGGAGCCGCUCUGCAGCGCCCAGGAGAUCGAGGAGGCCGAGACCGCGUUCGCCGCCCAGCAGCGCAGUUUCGAAGAAGCUCGGGAUCUACUCCGACGAGUGAAGACCGCCAGGAAGUUCUACCCCGUGGACGAGAACAAGAAGCGAGAAGGUUUCGGAGCCUACGUGUUCUUCGGCGCCGAGCAGGACGCCGAGAUGGAGGCGAAUCUCAUCAGGAACGAGACCUCGCACCUGGAGCUGGAGACGACGCUCAACAACAAGCCAGUGAUCAAGAAUCGACCGAAGCUUCCGAAGGAACAGCUCGAGAAGACGAAGUACCUAGAGGUGGAGAAAUCCAUCGAGAGGCAGGAGCAAGUCCAUCAUGUGAAGCUACCGAGCUGGCCAACCCUGGAGAAGCUAGACGACUGGAUCCUCAUGAGUGUGAAGCAGAGCUCCUCCAAGGGCUUCGGUAUUCUGGACAUCGGCGCGACCUCCAGCAUCAUGGGCAUCGAGGCUGCCGAGAACCUACGCGAUAUCAUCUAUGAGCAGACGGGCAAGAACAUCAAGAUGGACGUUAGCCAGAAGAGUACCUUUAUCUUUGGAGAUGGCAACGCCAAGACCUGCACCGGCAAGGCAACCUUUCCUCUGAGGAUCGCCGGUGUGGACGGUGAGCUCGAGAUAAACAUCCUCGACGCAGAUGCCCCGCUCUUGAUCGGAGUGGAUGUUUUGAGCCGCCUAGGAGCUGUGAUCGACUGCGAGGCACAUUCUGUCUACUUCAAGAAGCUCGGGCGCCGAGCUGAACUGCUCGUCCUUCCGAGCGGCCUCAUGUACAUCAUCAUCAUUUACGAGUACGGGGGCACCAUCACCAAUUGCGCCUACAGCAACAUCAUCAUCAUUUACAAGUACGGGGACAUCAUUGAUUACGUCGGGGACAUCAUCACUUACGUCCGGGACAUCAUCCGUAUCAGCCCCGGCUCCAUCACCUACGGCAUUAUCGGAGUUAUCUCCAGAGCCCUGAGCUCCGACAACAUCCAGUUGGCCCUACAUAUUCGCAUGAGCCUCAACCGCGAGGCGAAAUGUCGCAAAGCAGAGAGCCAGCAGAUCAAGCUGGAGAACGAGGAGAUGGACGGCCCUUGGGAGCAGGUGGAUGUUCGGGCCUCGCUACGGGACUCGGGAUCAUCGGCGGCGACCUCCACGUCGACGCCGGCACGGCCUACACUACAACGGAUGCAGCCGCAGGGGCGACUGAUCGCUCAUCAGGACGCGAGGGGCCACAUCUUCUACACGAUCGAGGGCUCGGAGCAGGACAACAGCACGAAGCGGAUGACGGACGCCUUCCUGCAGGAGCACCUACCGAACUGGGAGAUGUGGUCCAGCAAGCUUCUCCAGCAGUGGACGCAGUGCCGUCGCUGGGGGCGAAUCAUCCAGAAGGUCUUCAUCAAGACGAUCGAUCGUGUGAACUGGAAGCUGGACAGCCUCGGACUACCUGUGCAGUUGCUACCCGAGAGGUACCCGACCUGGCCGGCGGACAUCGAGCAUCGUGCGAAGAUCGAGCCGCGCCAGCCGUGCACGGAGCCGAAGCAGCGCCCCCUGUCCCAGAGGUCAGCAGCCUCAGCAGCCGCGCGCGAGCAGAAUCAAGAGCUGCGAGCCACCAUCGAGACCGCAAAGUUAGAUUUCUUGACCAAGUUUGCGGAGGUGGAUGCGUUCGCAGCGCUGAGCUCGGAGCAGAUCCACGAGCAGCUCAGCAUGGUUACGUUGGUCAACCACCUCAAGCCGCUGUGCAAGAUGUGGGGACUGACCCAGACUGGCAAGAAGGAGGAGGUGAUCGACAAGAUCAUCGCGUACAUCAUCGAGCAGCGCGGCACGGCGGCAGCGACUAUCCAGAUCAAGAAGGAGACGGAGGCCAAGAAGAUGGAGACGACGGCAAUGCCCGUGGGCCCGGCGAUCUCAGCUCACGACACUCAGAUGUGCCAGCACCCGGACUGCAAGCUACGCCGAUGCAUCGCCAAGAACGAGCCGAUCGUGAAGAUGAGGCUCUACGGUUGGUGCCACCAGGCGUGUGCGGUCAGGACGAAGGCCUGA